CUGAAUACAGUGCAUGUAAAAUAAGCAUCAGCUUAUGAAUUAAGAUGACAUCACUUUCCUCAAGUAAAAAAGCUAUACAAUAGCUUGGGUGAUUGCAUAAAUCGACCACAUCAGAUUGUGAGGCAGCAAUUCACAACCCUGGCCAAGUUGCAAUGAUAGUUUUCAUGGAAAAUUUACUUUUCCUUUGGUUCACUUUUGUCAUUAGGAUCUGCUCUGUUAUCUCAUUUUAACAGCCUUAGGUUUUCUGAAAUUCUUUUAUAAUUCUCUGUAUGCUGUCUGUGUACCUUGUUAUUGUGGUAUGUUCAUCCCAAAUGGAUUCAUUUGAGGUAGUUGCAGCUUCACUUACAAUGUUGUUUUUCUGACAGAUGGUGUCCUCCUUUCCCAUUUUUAGCACUUAUUCUAUGUAAAUAUGGCAAGCUCACUAUAAUCAGAACCAUAAUGCUUUUAAAACUCUCUUCCCAUAUCAAGUUAAUGCUUGUUUAUCCUCUGUUCUGAAUAUCUAAACAGCAUGAUGCUUGAAUUUUUACCAAAAAAAUGAUUCAGAGCAUAUGUACUUCUAAAGACCUCAUCAUUUUGUACAGAUUGCUGCUGAGCAUGAAUAAUUUUUGAAAAUAAGGAUUUCUUAAAAUAAGGAAUUCUGCCUUUGCAGUUAAAAUGAGUUUUCACUCAUGGCAGAUUGGUAACAGAUUCACCAGAUUUCUUAGACAUAAAUAAAACUCCAUUUUUCAGUUAGAGAUUAUCUUAAGACAAUUUAUCAGGUAAUUUUAGAAAAAUUAGAGCGAGAAAUUGCUGGGAUACCAUGAAUUGCUGUGCCGCCUUUGUGGGAGGCAUAUGUAGUAAAGUAUGAGUUAAUUCAAUGCAAUCCAUGUUAUAGGGGUUUCCUGUCUUGGAAAUUACUAAAAGGUGUUAGGUGUAUUCAUUAAGUACAGCAGAGCUUAUUUAUAACGUUUUAGACUAUAACUGAUGGGACAAAGAUCAAGAUAUUUCUGAUGUGGAGUGAAAAUUAUUUUAAUGGGUUUGAUAACAGAAACUAUAUGCUUACUUAACAUUUUAACAACAUUAUUUAACUUUCUGUACUUUCUGUGUUAGUGUACUGUAAACUAUGCAGUUGUAGUUUUCCAAAGUCUCAGUUGCUGUUAAUUAAUAGACUGCUAAGAAAGUUUCAGAUGAUGUUAUUGUUAAUGUAUACAACAUAAUAGAUGUUAGCCUGAGAGAGAAGCCCAUUUGUGGAAGCAUGGGCAUACUCUGCUAGGAAGUUCCAGUGAUCAAGGUAUAUAUUGGACAUAGGAAGACUGCUAUGUUAUUCUCGGCCAUCUCAUCGCGUUAUUUUUUGUAUGUACUGCUGAGAAACAGUACAUUUUAAUUCACAGCCUAUUGCUUACUCAAGGAUUGAUUGUUCUUUAGAAAGCAGCAUUUCUCACUAAUCAUCAGUGUAUUUUAUAACCUCUGGAGGAAAGCAGUAAAGAAGAUGACUAAGCUUUUCUUUUGUAUAUCUUUCUUUGGGCUGAAGUACUGUAUCACAUAUAUUAAGACAAAAUUCCAUAUGAUAGUUAUAAAAAUCUCAUCAUCAUUCAGAAUUUGACAGGGUAUCAAGUAGUGCAAAAACAUUAACUAAUCAGGAAUUGGAUAACCUCUACCAACUGUUUCGAGAUGCUCUGAAUCGUACGUAUAUUUCAUUACUUUUACUUUUGUCAGGAGUUUGACUUUGAAAAGGUGUUCUGGUGUUAAAUACAUAGACAAACAACAUUAGAAGUGAUCUCUAAAUUUAUUUGGUACUCUUGUCAGUCUCAGUCCAUUUCUGUAUGAAACUGAAGCUCAUUGUGUUAAUGUAUCCACAUUUAUCAAUCUGAUAUGAGUAGAAUUAGGUGUGGGGUCAGUAGUUUUUAUAUUCUUAUUCUGUUCAUCUAACCUUCAAGAUGUAAACGAAAGAAUAAAACACACUAUUUUUUGCCCUACAGUUCUUCUUAUUGUUGCUGCUGUUUUGAAUCUACAAGCUGAAAAAUUAGAAGACAUUAAGUUUAGUUGAAUUGUAAAUAAACAGAUCUUUUGCAGUCUGGCAAAAUGGCUGAUAGUCCGAACUGUGAUUUGGAAUCUCUGAGUCCGCUUCAGCUGUUCGAAAGAGUAACUGAACAAGGAGAGAAAGUCAGAGCACUGAAAGCAGGAAAAGCACCAAAGGAUGAAAUUGAUGCAGCAGUGAGAAUGCUAUUAUCAUUAAAACUGUCAUACAAAACAACAACAGGACAAGAUUAUCAGGCAGGCUUGCCUCCAAGAGAUCUUAUAUCAAUAAACAAUGGUACAACUAAAGAAGAGGAUGAGGAUUUUGUGGACCCCUGGACUGUGCAGACAUCAAAUGCUAAAGGCGUGGAUUAUGACAAACUCAUAGUUCGGUUUGGCAGCAGUAAAAUUGACACAGAUCUGAUCAAUCGAAUAGAAAGAGCUACUGGGCAAAAACCUCACCGCCUUCUACGUAGAGGAAUCUUUUUUUCUCACAGAGAUAUGGACCAAAUCCUCGAUGCUUAUGAAAAUAAGAAGUCCUUUUACCUUUAUACAGGCAGAGGGCCGUCCUCUCAGGCAAUGCAUGUUGGUCAUCUUAUCCCAUUUAUAUUCACAAAGUGGCUGCAAGAAGUAUUUGAUGUUCCCUUAGUUAUACAGUUAACCGAUGAUGAGAAAUACCUUUGGAAGGACCUGACAACUGAGAAGGCAUAUGAGUAUGCUAAAGAAAAUGCAAAAGACAUCAUUGCAUGUGGUUUUGACAUCAAUAAAACCUUUAUAUUUUCUGAUUUAGACUACUUGGGGACAAGUACCGGAUUCUACAAAAACAUCGUCAGAGUUCAGAAGCAUGUUACAUUUAACCAAGUGAAAGGAAUCUUUGGCUUUACAGACAGUGAUUGCAUUGGAAAGAUCAGCUUUCCUGCAAUUCAAGCUGCUCCAUCCUUCAGUUCAUCAUUUCCACAGAUCUUCAAUGGCAAGGAGAACAUUCAGUGUCUUAUCCCAUGUGCUAUUGAUCAGGAUCCUUAUUUUAGAAUGACCCGAGAUGUAGCACCUAGAAUUGGACAGCCUAAACCGGCCUUAAUGCACUCAGUCUUCUUCCCAGCUUUGCAAGGAGCACAGACAAAAAUGAGUGCUAGUGACCCAAACUCCUCCAUCUUCCUCACUGAUACACCCAAACAAAUAAAGACAAAGAUCAACAAGCAUGCCUUCUCAGGAGGCAGAGAUACUAUUGAAGAACACAGGAAGUAUGGAGGUAACUGUGAUGUUGAUGUAUCUUUUAUGUACCUGACUUUCUUCCUAGAAGAUGAUGACAGGCUUGAACAACUGAAGCAGGCAUACACAAGCGGGGAAUUGCUCACGGGGGAGCUGAAGAAGGUUCUUAUUGAAACAUUGCAGCCCUUGAUAGCAGCUCAUCAAGAGAGACGGAAGCAGGUCACAGAUGAAAUGGUGAAGCAAUUCAUGACUCCACGGAAGCUAGCUUUUGAAUUUUGAAGAAAUGCCUAUGUAACUUACUACUGGAUAAACCAAAACUGAGUAAUUGUUGUCUUCUGUUGUAUGUCAUCACUCCCUGGUUAUAUACAGCCUGCAAUCGGUGCUUUAUAAAUACAGCUUUUAAUGAGUUAAUUCCAAUGAACAUCAGAGUACAGGAAAAGUUUAAAACAGGACUCGCAUCUAUUUAAAAUCAGAAUAUGCAAGACAGAAUUGCCCAAUCUUGCAGAAAAGCAUGUCUGUCAGCACAACACUAUUUGGUUGUAUUUCAUGUUGAAAAUAUAAAUAAAACUUCCAUUAUGAUGAUAAAGCCUAACUUGUAAAUUGUUUUAGAUAUGUUGGUAAGAGGUCAUAUCUCAAAAUAAUAACUAGUAGCUCCAUUUUCUUUUGUCCUGUGUACCUUGGUUUACUAGACUGCAUACCCUUUUGGGCUACUGGGAACAUGCUGCACACAAAAAGAUAGUGAAUGUUACAAAGUAGAUUACACAGUGACUUAGGCCUGGGAUCAAUACAGAAAAAAUGGAGAUCUGUGACAAACACAGGAGAAAGAAUAUCAGGCUGGUUUUGCUACCGUCUUCCUCUUUGACCUGGGGCAAAUCACAGAAAACUCACUGUACUUUUCUUUCUGCAGCUACUUAACUGGUCUGACUGUGUCUGGAGGGAGGAGGUUAUCACAAGGUUAUAAAGUUCCUUCAUAUGCUCAGGUGGAAGAUAGUAUAGAAUGCAAAUUUUAGUUUCUAGUUAUAAAAAAAUACCAAGUGUUAAAUCAUGCUGUGAAAAUGAAGUUGCUGCUGGUCACAGGGAUACUUGUAGUACUGUCUGUUCUGUUUUACUGCGCCAAGUCAUUUAAACUAGGGGUACUUAUUUUAAGAUGUAUUCCAGUGAGAAAAUACACUUUGUUAAAAUACCUCAUGUAAUAUUUAAUUAUCUCCCUUUUUAAAAAGAACUUCAAUGUCUUUGCUAUGAUUUAUGGAAGAAAAAUUCAAGUUAUUAGCUAAUUUGUUUUAAUAUGUACAGUGCUGAAUCCAAACUGUUAGAUCUGCCUUGUAUUUAUAUAGAAUAGAAAGUUACUAGCCCAGACAUAGUCUUAUCUAAAUCAAAUAAAAAUACCUUUGAUAACACAGGUGGGUAUUGAUGUGUGGUAUUUGCAAAUCAUUUAAAAAUAUAAGGAAGGCACUUGAAUGAGGUGUGAAAGAUUUAAACUUUAACAGGUUCUGUACUGUGGGGCCUAGUGGACAUAUAUCAAUUGUAGCAUUCUUUUUUAAAAAAGAAAAAAACCUAAAAUUAAAAAACAAAAAAGCAUACUUCUAAUUUGACUGUAAACCUUUGAAGUCAGCUGAUUACACUUGGGUUGAGGGAGAAGGUUCAAGGGUGAGACUCCUCACUGACUUCAGUCAACCUUGGAUCAGCCUGUUACUAGAUGAGAACGUUCUGGGCUAUUUGUGCUGCCUGAAGCUGGUGCCGCUGCCUUCCCACUGGUAGUGGUUCUGUAGCAGCAUACGUGUCCUCUCCAGCAAUGGCCUUGCAUUUCUGAGAUGGAAAUGCCAGUGUGCCAAGUUGUAUAGGAAGAGCCCCUGUUAGUUUGUGUUUGUGCAAGGUACCAAGGAAAGACUGGAAUGCAAGGCAAGUUUAGUCCUAUUGCAUGCGUUUCAAACUUGUACUGAAAAUAGCAAUGCUAAGCUUUUGUCUUUUUCUUUACAGUUUACGUGAGCUGGCAUCACUAAUCUAAUGCCAUUGACUUUAAUGUAUUAAAGUAAAUGUUUACCAGCGACUGUCUCUCUAUAACCCACAGACGUAGUAUCUCAGUGCUAGCAAGUGUUUAACAAUCAGUAGAAAAGCUUUUUUUUUUUUUUUUUAAGUGGUGGAGCAAUUCUUAGGAAAAAAAAAGCUUCUUAAAUCCAGUAGUAAAGAAACUAAUUCUUGGUUACUUUAGAUUUUAACGAUGACCUUCCUGUUUUUGCAGUCUACUCUUUGUCAUCUUUAAGCUAUACAUAAAAGAUAAGACUUAAAUUGACUUUUAAAGAGCUUUUACAAACUCAUAAUGCAAAUUUCUUCUUUAAAAUAUUAUAUGCAGAUUUGUCCUGCAAGAUUUAUUUCAUUAAGGAUUAAUUUAGUUAUUCAGGAAAGGGAAAUAUGCUGUAGGAGAAAUAGUAGUGUGUUCUAUUCUAACUAAGCAUAUGGAUUAAUUUAAUAACACAAUAAUUAAAAUCUGUUUUGAAAGUUCUAGAAAGGAAAGUGAUAGCAAAAUUAUUUAGUAUUUGUUUACUGAGCAAGCACCUUGUUCAAGUACUCUGAUGAAUUCUUACAAACAUGUUUCUCAAAUGACACCGUUUCUCAGAGGAGUCUUGGCAAAUUCCUAAAUCUGUUGUAAUUACAAUUCGUGUCCCAGAGGUAUUUAAAAGUCAAGACAAGGCAGUCUUCAAAAGCAUGCAUGAAAUGUCUAAGAAUGUUAUCAGGCAAUGUUCAUUACAUUUUCCUCAAUUUGCUCAUAUUUUGUUCAUCUCACUGUAAUAAAAAUGUAGAUAAAAGUCCGUAUCAAA